AUGCCAUCUCCAACUCUGCAAUGAAGUGAUUGAUUGCAUCUCGCGCAAGCCAUAUCGAGCAUACUCUUCAGCGGCGGAGUCAACAACGACUGAGCCUUGUGUUCCCACCCAUCCCAAAUAAAAAUGUCGUCAUCGCCAUUCUCUUGCACUGUUCACCAUUACGAAUCCCCGACCUCUCAUGCCAGCGCCUACGAGAUCGGCCCAUCUGAAGCUUCGAAUGCGAUACUCUUCAUAGGAGGUCUCGGCGAUGGCCCCCAUACUGUGUUUUACACCAAAACCAUCGCCACACAUUUAGAUAAGACGGGACAAGACUGGUCCAUCUUUGAGAUCCGAAUGAGAAGCUCCUUUUCCGGCUACGGCUAUUCGAGCCUCAAGAACGAUGUUGAGGACAUCUCGGCCCUCGUGAGGUAUCUCCGAGGCAUCGGCAAAAGGAAAGUUGUCCUUAUGGGCCACUCAACUGGAUGCCAGGACUGUGUGGAAUACACCAAGCACAAGGAGGACCCCGUUGAUGGCUUCGUCCUCCAAGGCCCCGUUUCCGACAGAGAAAGCAUCGUUGACUCUACCGAUUCGGCAUGGCUAGAGAAGAGUUUGGAAUACGCAGAGGAUAUGAUUUCUAAGGGUAAGGAGGGCGAAGCGAUGCCCAAAGACCUGGUGCCCCCUUUCUUCUCGACGCCGAUGACAGCAUACCGCUGGCAUUCUCUUGCAGCCAAGGGUGGAGAUGAUGACUACUUUUCAUCCGACCUCGAAGAGUCGUUCGUGUCCGAGGUCUGGAACCGGUUUCAACAGCCUGUCAUGGCCUUGCAAUCCGCCGAAGACGAGUUCGUCCCUGCCAAGAUUGAUAAGCAAGCUCUCGUGGACUCCUGGAAGAAGAGCAGCCCCAAGGUGCACGAGCUAUCUGGUCUGAUCCCGGGUGCAAGCCACACGGUGAAGAACCUAGAGUCGCAGCAAUGGUUGGCAGAGCGGGUGGUUCAGUUCAUCCAACAAAUAUAAGAUAAGACCUCGCCGUGUCUCCCUACCACAUGACAGAGCGUCUAGCGAGUCCACAAGUGGCCAAUAAGUGAACAACUCGUGCAGAGUAAUGAGUUCAGAUGUAUGUUACAAGCGGCCGGCGGACGUGCCUCGGGAUGAUGCGACCUACUUUCAGUUUUUUGUCCGCUUUGCAUAGAAGACACUCCCAAAGUUUCCGGGUUUUUAGCCCAACUUUGUUUGUAAUAACCCCUCCUCCUCCUCCCCCGGAAUAGGAGCGGAGGUCGGCGAUGUGUAGUGCUAGUCACCGAGACCCCACUCUUUUCUGUUAAUGGCCCGUGGCGAUGCCCAAUGCAGGUCGGCGACCCCAAGUGCGGGCUGGUAAUGCGAUCGCGGGCACCGCGAAUACUUAAUCCCU